AUGGACCUCGUAGGGCUGUUCAAGUCUCAGUUUCUGUGUCACCUGGUCUUCUGCUACGUGUUUAUGGCCUCUGGGCUCAUCGUCAACGCCAUCCAGCUCUGCACGCUGGUCCUCUGGCCCAUCAACAAGCAACUCUUCCGCAAGAUCAAUGGCAGACUGUGCUACUGCAUCUCCAGCCAGUUGGUCAUGCUGCUGGAGUGGUGGUCGGGCACGGAGUGCACCAUCUACACGGACCCAAAAGCUUCCCCCCACUAUGGGAAGGAAAAUGCCAUCGUGGUUCUGAACCAUAAGUUUGAGAUUGACUUUCUCUGUGGCUGGAGCCUGGCCGAGCGCCUUGGGAUCCUGGGGAACUCUAAAGUCCUGGCCAAGAAAGAACUGGCUUAUGUCCCAAUCAUUGGCUGGAUGUGGUACUUUGUAGAAAUGAUCUUCUGCACACGCAAGUGGGAGCAAGAUCGUCAGACAGUUGCCAAGAGCCUGCUGCACCUUCGGGAUUACCCAGAGAAGUAUCUUUUCCUGAUCCACUGUGAGGGCACACGGUUCACAGAGAAAAAGCACCAGAUCAGCAUGCAGGUGGCGCAAGCCAAGGGGCUUCCCAGCCUCAAACACCACCUGCUACCGCGCACCAAGGGCUUUGCUAUCACUGUGAAGUGCUUGCGAGAUGUAGUUCCAGCUGUAUAUGACUGUACACUCAAUUUCAGAAACAAUGAAAACCCAACAUUGCUGGGAGUCCUAAACGGAAAGAAAUAUCAUGCUGAUUGCUACGUUAGGAGGAUCCCCAUGGAAGACAUCCCAGAAGAUGAGGACCAGUGCUCAGCCUGGCUGCAUAAGCUCUACCAGGAGAAGGAUGCCUUUCAGGAGGAGUACUACAGGACAGGUGUCUUCCCGGAGACUCCUUGGGUUCCCCCACGGCGGCCCUGGGCUCUGGUCAACUGGCUGUUCUGGGCAUCACUACUGCUCUACCCUUUCUUCCAAUUCCUCGUCAGCAUGGUCAGCAGUGGCUCCUCGGUGACAAUGGCCAGCUUGGUCUUCGUCUUCUGUAUGGCCUCCAUGGGAGUUCGAUGGAUGAUAGGCGUGACAGAGAUCGACAAGGGCUCUGCCUAUGGCAACAUCGACAACAAACAGAAGCAGAGUGACUGACUGGGGAUGUCACCUCCAAAGGGAACCUUGGGGAAUUGGUGGCCUCUGCCUAGCCUUCUUAGUGGGACUCAGUGAUCGCGGCUGGGGAGCCCUGUGGGACCAGCAGAAGUCACAGCCUCUCCAGCCAUGGAGUUUGUCUCAGAGCCAGAAGGGAAGGAAGAUGCUCUCAAGUCUUUUUUCCCAUGUGAUGUAGUGGAUUUGGUUAUCUUUCUGUUCAUGUGCACACAUUUGUCUUGUGUGAGAAAGAAGGGAAAGAGAGAGAGAAUGGAAGUGUGUUUGCGUGCACCUGGUUCUGUGACACUUCAAAGGGUAUAUGAGGCUGCAGGCAGGGCUGGGGUGGAGGGGAAGGUAUCCCUGUCAUCCUUCGGUGCUGCGUCUUCUGUAACCCUUGAUUGCCAGAGACAGAGUGAAAAGUGCUUUAGGUAAGAUGACUAAAUUAUGUUUCCAAAAAAGAAAACAUUAAAGUGUUUGUCUGGGUCA